AAAAGGGCAGCUGCAAAGCACCGAUUUCUGCAGAUUCCCAACUUCCCAUUAAACCACUCAGUAGUUAAUUUGUACAUUGUACUUUAGAAAAAGAGAAUCAAAAUACAUACAUAAAGAGAGAGAGAGAGAGAGAAAAUCUCAUUUCUCUUUUCUCAAGAGAGCAAAAACAGGAACGCUAGCUGCUUUCUUGGCCAGACCCAAUUUUCAAAGAAGCAUAGAGUAUAGUGCAGAAGAAUAAGGGUCGAGUAUAUCUUCAAAAAAAAGAAUAAGGGUCGAGUAUAAAGAGGCAUUGCCUUGUAAAGGGCACAGAAUCUUGAGACAACAUAGGAAAACAUGGGACUGAAACUUGUUUUGGCGGUGGGGAUGCUGCUGCUGUGUUCAUGGUUUUGUUGUGGGAAUGCUUCAGUGUCGUAUGAUAGGAAUGCUAUAAUUGUGAAUGGCCAAAGAAAGAUUCUUAUUUCUGGUUCUAUUCACUACCCAAGAAGCACCCCUGAGAUGUGGCCAGAUCUUAUUCAGAAAGCAAAAGAAGGAGGGUUGGAUGUGAUUCAGACAUAUGUUUUCUGGAAUGGGCAUGAACCUCAACCUGGGAAGUAUUAUUUUGAGGAAAGGUAUGAUCUUGUGAAAUUCAUUAAGCUGGUUCAUCAAGCUGGACUUUAUGUUCAUCUCAGAGUGGGGCCUUAUGCUUGUGGUGAAUGGAACUUUGGGGGCUUUCCAGUUUGGCUGAAGUAUGUUCCAGGGAUCAGUUUCAGAACAGACAAUGGACCUUUCAAGGCCGCAAUGCAAAAAUUCACAACCAUGAUUGUUAACAUGAUGAAAUCAGAAAGGCUGUAUGAAUCUCAGGGUGGCCCUAUAAUCUUAUCCCAGAUUGAGAACGAAUAUGGACCGAUGGAAUAUGUACUUGGUGCACCUGGUCAUGCUUAUGCACAGUGGGCAGCGAAAAUGGCUCUAAAUCUCGGCACCGGUGUUCCAUGGGUGAUGUGCAAGCAAGACGAUGCCCCCGAUCCAGUUAUUAAUACUUGCAAUGGUUUCUACUGUGACUAUUUUUCGCCAAAUAAGGCUUAUAAACCAAAGAUGUGGACUGAAGCCUGGACAGGCUGGUUUACGGAAUUUGGAGGUCCAGCAGCUUAUCGUCCAGUUGAGGAUUUGGCAUAUUCGGUCGCAAAGUUUAUAAUGAAAGGGGGCUCAUUCGUCAACUAUUACAUGUAUCACGGAGGCACAAACUUUGGCCGGACAUCCGGAGGUCCUUUUAUUACCACUAGCUACGACUAUGACGCUCCUAUUGAUGAAUUUGGGCUACUGAGGGAACCGAAAUGGGGUCAUCUGAAAGAUUUGCAUCGAGCGAUUAAGCUGUGCGAGCCAGCUUUGGUAUCUGGAGAUCCCGUUAUAACGUCACUCGGGAACUCCCAAGAGGCUCGUGUCUUCAAAUCGAAGUCUGGUGGAGCAUGUGCUGCAUUCCUCGCAAACCACGACCAGCAUUCAUACGCUAAAGUCUCGUUUGGAAACAUGCAUUAUAACUUGCCCCCGUGGUCCGUCAGCAUCCUUCCCGACUGCAAGAACACCGUAUUUAAUACCGCAAGGAUUGGAGCACAGAGCUCACAAAUGAAGAUGACUCCUGUUAGUCAAGGAUUCGCUUGGCAGUCAUAUAAUGAAGAGACAACAUCGUACGGUGACAAUACGUUUACUGUUGUCGGGCUGUUGGAGCAGAUAAAUACCACCAGAGAUGCGUCUGAUUAUUUGUGGUACACGACAGAUGUCACGAUUGAUCCGAGAGAGGGAUUCUUGAAAGGUGGAAAGUGGCCUUGGCUUAAUGUCUUCUCAGCCGGGCACGCUUUACAUGUUUUCGUCAAUGGUCAAUUAGUCGGAAGUGCCUAUGGAAGUUUAGAGAACCCGAAAGUAACUUUCAGUAAAUCAGUAAAUAUGAGAGCGGGAGUUAAUAAAAUUGCACUGCUAAGCAUUGCUGUUGGUCUUCCGAACAUAGGUCCUCGUUUUGAGACAUGGAAUACGGGCAUCCUCGGCCCGGUUUCACUUGGUGGACUUAACGAGGGGAAGAGAGAUUUAACAUGGCAGAAAUGGUCUUACAAGAUUGGUCUUAAAGGAGAAGCACUAAGUCUUCAUUCGCUCACUGGGAGCUCGUCAGUUGAGUGGGUUCAAGGUUCUUUUGUGGUUCAAAAACAACCACUCACAUGGUAUAAGACUACGUUCAAUGCUCCACCUGGAAAUGAGCCUUUAGCGUUGGAUAUGAACACCAUGGGCAAAGGUCAAGUAUGGAUAAACGGUCAAAGCAUUGGGCGUUAUUGGCCAGCAAACAAAGCAUCUGGCAACUGUGGUGUAUGUAACUAUGCCGGUUGGUUUGAUGAGAAGAAAUGCCUGCGUAAAUGUGGAGAAGCUACGCAAAGAUGGUAUCAUGUUCCUCGCUCUUUCCUGCGCCCAACUGGGAAUUUAUUAGUUAUUUUCGAAGAAUGGGGAGGGAACCCAUAUGGGAUCUCUUUGGUGAAACGCCAAGUAGACAGCGUGUGUGCUGAUAUAUUCGAAUGGCAACCACAGUUGAUGAACUGGAAGAUGCAAGCAUCCGGUAAAGUGGCUAAACCGCUUAGGCCUAAAGCUCACCUCUCGUGUGGUCCUGGCCAGAAGAUUUCUUCGAUCAAAUUCGCUAGCUUUGGAUCCCCCGAGGGGGUUUGUGGAAGCUUUCGCCAGGGAAGCUGCCACGCCUUCCACUCGUACGAUAUUUUUAACAAGUACUGCAUUGGAUGGAACUCGUGCACAGUACCCGUAACGCCUGAAGCCUUUGGAGGAGAUCCAUGCCCGAACGUCAUGAAGAAACUGUCUGUUGAGGCUGUAUGCAGUUAAUGGGGUACUCGUUUAGUUCCAUUCAU